AUCAUCAAAACAGAAAAAAAUACUUGUAUCAAGUCUUGCACCAAAAUAUUUGGCAUCACAAAACAAAAGGGUAUCCUCUUUUUCCAACAACCAAUUCACUAUACCAAAAGUUUGUGGUAGCAGCAAGAGAGAGAGAGAGAGAGAGAGAGAGAGAUAUGGCUUUUGAAAACUGCUUGCAGCUAAGCACAGUGUGCAGUACUAGGGUUGGUGCUGCACAUUGUUACCAUCCAGUUUCUUCUAAGGAGAAGCUUAUUGUGCCAACUUGUAAUGGAUUGAGGAAGUCUAGUUUGAAACUCUCCUUAUCUUCAUCGUUUGUUGCCCAUCCGAAAAGCACUAGAUUCCAGAAGUCUGGCUUUGUUUGUAAAGCUCGUGAAGCUGUAAAUGAAGUCCAAGUAGUGACAGAUUCAAACUGGAGCACCCUUGUCAUAGCUAAUGAGAACCCAGUUCUGGUGGAGUUUUGGGCACCAUGGUGUGGACCAUGCCGGAUGAUUGCUCCGGUGAUCGACGAGUUGGCAAAAGAAUAUGCAGGGAAGAUAAGCUGCUACAAGCUCAACACUGAUGACAGCCCCAACACUGCCACUCAAUAUGGCAUAAGGAGCAUUCCAACUGUACUCUUCUUCAAAGGUGGAGAGAAGAAAGAAAGUGUCAUUGGUGCAGUGCCCAAGUCCACCUUGUCUGCUACCAUAGAAAAGUACGUAGAUAUUUAAAGAGAGAAUUGAUGUAUAUAGACUUACUUAUAGUGUAAGCCACCAUGCUUGUGCUCAUGAAGCAAUUCAUUGUUCAUGUUCAAACUGAUGCUCAAUUCCAAUUGAUAAACCU